AUGUCGGUGCGUGAGAGCGGGGAGGUGCCUGAGGACCCGGCAGCCGUCCUUCUGGACCCUCGACAGCGUGCGCUGAGGGCCGAGGAGGCCGACAAAGCGCAGAAGGGCCUGGCCGCUGAAGCUGCCCAUCUCAAGGAACAGAGGAACGCCGCACUGCGUCAAGUGGACAGUCUGCACGAGCAUCUCAAGGCCAUGAGGGAGCCCAGAAGCGCCUGGCCGCUGAGGCUGCCCAUCUCAAGAAACAGAGGAACGCCGCAGAGCAGCAGCUGCGUGGCUCAAGAAACCGUGGGUGAGUGAAUGGCCACGCCAGGCUUUCACUAUUAAUUGCCUGUGUGUCACACGUGUCAGGACCUGAAGACCAAGUGUGACACACAGGAGCAUCGCAACAAUGACCUCACGCACGCACUCUCAGUCAAGGAACGGGACCUCAGCACAACAGCCGACGAGCAGCGCCAAGCGCUGUGUGUCGUGUCAGUACGUGUCAGCGCUUAUCGACCGUAAUGCCGUGCAGGAGGCCGCCACUCGGGAGAAACGGUUGGCCGAGGAGGAGGUGCAGCGAAGCACCGCCAGCACACAGGUACGUCCCUCCCCAUCACUCACCUCCCGUCACUCACCUCACAAUACAUACUUACAAUGAAUAAGCAGCCCAGCCCCCUAAAUUGAUAGUGUCUUGUGUCUGGCUGGCGAUUUUGUUUCAUCUUUCUAGGCGGAGGUCUCUCGCUUGCAGAACCUGCUGAAAGAGGCGCAGGAGGUCAGCCAGUCAGUCAGUCAGCGCCCCCGGUCUCCCUCAUGUACAUUUGUUGUGUCAGGAGGGAGGCCGAGAUGGACCGAAAUGCCGCCACCCAGGCAGCCCGCCCCCUCCUGCCAGUGGCCUCGCCGACCCCCACGGCCACCCCCAGCCCCACCAGCCCCGCCACCACAGUGGUCCUCGAGGACAUGCUGGCCCAGGCUGUUGCCGCCGGCAUCGCACCAACGCUGGAGGUAGGACUGCACCGUCACCAUGCAGACAGGAACACGCUUUGAUGGAUGCGUGUGUGAUUGGUUUUUCCGUUCAUCCAUCAGGAGCUCAAGGAGCGCAAGCGCGCGGCCUGAGGGAAUAUCUGGGCACCCUGCAGCCAGCCGCCACCCCCCCGCCACCCCCCCGCCAGACCGAGGCGCUCAGAAGGCACCAUCAGGGUGAGUGAGUCUAUGUGGACGCCUACGCCGAAGGACACAUGUGUGUGUGCCUGUUGUGUGUGUCAGGUGAUCUGCCCUCAGUACCCUUCAGCGGCGACGAGCCUCUGGACUCGCUGCCGACGAGACCCAGACGGAGGCCCAUCCUGCACGCACUACGGUCGUCGUUCAUCUCAUCUGUCCGUCGUGCUGUGCUGUGCGUCACCAGAUCGCCUGAACUCAUGUUUGAUCUCCUGCCUGCCUGUGAACGAGCCUCGUGUGUGCAGAUCGCUGUCUCCAUUUUAUAU